AUGCAACAAUGCAUGUCUGCCUUACAAGAGUUGAAUCAAGAGUACAUGCAAGUAACUUAUGAUUUAGCUAUUGCAAAGAUUGCACUGCAAAUUCAAGCAACCGAAACCAAAAGCUUAAUCGGCUUUCAUGCGUUCACUGGGUGUGACUUCAAUCCGGCUUUCUUUAAUAAAGGAAAGAAAAGACCUUUUACUUUGCUGAAAAAAAAUGUGGAAUUCCAACAAGAAUUUGCAACUCUUGGUGAAGAAAAUUUAAUAGAAGAUCAGCUAAACGAAGUGUUUAACACUAUUCAGAAGUUUACAUGCCAGCUCUACAAUGCAAAAAAAUCUAUUGACGUUGAUGAUGGAAGGUACCAACUUUUCGUCAGUAAUUAUAAACCUUCCAACGUUAAUGAAAAUUUCACCAAGAAAAUAGUGAAUUUUGAUGCAAGCUCAAUACCACCGUGUAAGAGUGAGCUUUAUCAGCAACUUCGAAGAGCGCAUUAUAUUUCAAUUGUUUGGAAAAAUGCUUACAAAAAGCAACCCACCACGUUAGAUCCAUUAGAUUAUGGUUGGAUUGAACAAGAAGACAAAUUUGUCUUUAAAUGGUUCGAAGGAGAUCAACUUCCAACUUCUGUGAGUGACUUAAUCUCCAAGAUCCCUGAAUCCGAUUCAAUGGAUGAUGAAGACGAGUCACACAACGCCAUACAUGACUCCGAUUAUGAUGAUGAAUGAAGAUUUCAAGCAA